AUGAAACCAUCUCCAAAAUCAAUUGUUAAGCUUUUACUUGUGAUUGUUGGGGAGAUAGCCAAUUUUGCAGCUUAUGCAUUUGCACCUGCUAUUCUAGUGACACCUUUGGGAGCUCUAAGUAUUAUUUUCAGCGCAGUGCUUGCACAUUUUAUCUUGGAAGAGAAGUUGCAUAUGUUCGGUAUACUUGGCUGCGUCCUCUGUGUUGUUGGAUCUACAACGAUUGUUUUGCAUGCUCCUCACGAGCAAGACAUUGAAUCAGUCAAGCACAUAUGGCAUCUGGCUACUGAACCAGGCUUCCUUGCUUACUCUGCUGUGGUUUUGGUUGUGGUGCUUGCACUGAUCUUCUACUACGAACCCCGUUAUGGGAAGACGCAUAUGAUAGUAUAUGUUGGGAUUUGCUCCUUAAUGGGAUCUCUCACUGUUAUGAGUGUCAAAGCUGUGGCAAUUGCUAUAAAGCUGACUUUUUCCGGGAUGAACCAGUUUAAGUACUUCCAUGCAUGGAUCUUCAUCAUAGUAGUGACCAUAUGUUGCAUUUUGCAAAUCAACUACCUGAACAAGGACUGGGCUUCUCAGAGUGGUUUGCAAAUUGCGACGGAGCUAUGUGGCUUUGUGACCAUUUUAUCAGGAACCUUUCUUCUCCACAAGACAAAAGACAUGGGAAACAGUGGUAGCUCACGUGGCGCCACGUCACACACGCCUAGAGACACUCCUGUCUUCAUCAACUCAGUGAUUGUUGGGGAGAUAGCCAAUUUUGCAGCUUAUGCAUUUGCACCUGCUAUUCUAGUGACACCUUUGGGAGCUCUAAGUAUUAUUUUCAGCGCAGUGCUUGCACAUUUUAUCUUGGAAGAGAAGUUGCAUAUGUUCGGUAUACUUGGCUGCGUCCUCUGUGUUGUUGGAUCUACAACGAUUGUUUUGCAUGCUCCUCACGAGCAAGACAUUGAAUCAGUCAAGCACAUAUGGCAUCUGGCUACUGAACCAGGCUUCCUUGCUUACUCUGCUGUGGUUUUGGUUGUGGUGCUUGCACUGAUCUUCUACUACGAACUCCGUUAUGGGAAGACGCAUAUGAUAGUAUAUGUUGGGAUUUGCUCCUUAAUGGGAUCUCUCACUGUUAUGAGUGUCAAAGCUGUGGCAAUUGCUAUAAAGCUGACUUUUUCCGGGCUGAACCAGUUUAAGUACUUCCACGCAUGGAUCUUCAUCAUAGUAGUGACCAUAUGUUGCAUUUUGCAAAUCAACUACCUGAACAAGGACUGGGCUUCUCAGAGUGGUUUGCAAAUUGCGACGGAGCUAUGUGGCUUUGUGACCAUUUUAUCAGGAACCUUUCUUCUCCACAAGACAAAAGACAUGGGAAACAGUGGUAGCUCACGUGGCGCCACGUCACACACGCCUAGAGACACUCCUGUCUUCAUCAACUCAGUGAUUGUUGGGGAGAUAGCCAAUUUUGCAGCUUAUGCAUUUGCACCUGCUAUUCUAGUGACACCUUUGGGAGCUCUAAGUAUUAUUUUCAGCGCAGUGCUUGCACAUUUUAUCUUGGAAGAGAAGUUGCAUAUGUUCGGUAUACUUGGCUGCGUCCUCUGUGUUGUUGGAUCUACAACGAUUGUUUUGCAUGCUCCUCACGAGCAAGACAUUGAAUCAGUCAAGCACAUAUGGCAUCUGGCUACUGAACCAGGCUUCCUUGCUUACUCUGCUGUGGUUUUGGUUGUGGUGCUUGCACUGAUCUUCUACUACGAACUCCGUUAUGGGAAGACGCAUAUGAUAGUAUAUGUUGGGAUUUGCUCCUUAAUGGGAUCUCUCACUGUUAUGAGUGUCAAAGCUGUGGCAAUUGCUAUAAAGCUGACUUUUUCCGGGCUGAACCAGUUUAAGUACUUCCACGCAUGGAUCUUCAUCAUAGUAGUGACCAUAUGUUGCAUUUUGCAAAUCAACUACCUGAACAAGGACUGGGCUUCUCAGAGUGGUUUGCAAAUUGCGACGGAGCUAUGUGGCUUUGUGACCAUUUUAUCAGGAACCUUUCUUCUCCACAAGACAAAAGACAUGGGAAACAGUGGUAGCUCACGUGGCGCCACGUCACACACGCCUAGAGACACUCCUGUCUUCAUCAACUCAGUGAUUGUUGGGGAGAUAGCCAAUUUUGCAGCUUAUGCAUUUGCACCUGCUAUUCUAGUGACACCUUUGGGAGCUCUAAGUAUUAUUUUCAGCGCAGUGCUUGCACAUUUUAUCUUGGAAGAGAAGUUGCAUAUGUUCGGUAUACUUGGCUGCGUCCUCUGUGUUGUUGGAUCUACAACGAUUGUUUUGCAUGCUCCUCACGAGCAAGACAUUGAAUCAGUCAAGCACAUAUGGCAUCUGGCUACUGAACCAGGCUUCCUUGCUUACUCUGCUGUGGUUUUGGUUGUGGUGCUUGCACUGAUCUUCUACUACGAACUCCGUUAUGGGAAGACGCAUAUGAUAGUAUAUGUUGGGAUUUGCUCCUUAAUGGGAUCUCUCACUGUUAUGAGUGUCAAAGCUGUGGCAAUUGCUAUAAAGCUGACUUUUUCCGGGCUGAACCAGUUUAAGUACUUCCACGCAUGGAUCUUCAUCAUAGUAGUGACCAUAUGUUGCAUUUUGCAAAUCAACUACCUGAACAAGGACUGGGCUUCUCAGAGUGGUUUGCAAAUUGCGACGGAGCUAUGUGGCUUUGUGACCAUUUUAUCAGGAACCUUUCUUCUCCACAAGACAAAAGACAUGGGAAACAGUGGUAGCUCACGUGGCGCCACGUCACACACGCCUAGAGACACUCCUGUCUUCAUCAACUCAGUGAUUGUUGGGGAGAUAGCCAAUUUUGCAGCUUAUGCAUUUGCACCUGCUAUUCUAGUGACACCUUUGGGAGCUCUAAGUAUUAUUUUCAGCGCAGUGCUUGCACAUUUUAUCUUGGAAGAGAAGUUGCAUAUGUUCGGUAUACUUGGCUGCGUCCUCUGUGUUGUUGGAUCUACAACGAUUGUUUUGCAUGCUCCUCACGAGCAAGACAUUGAAUCAGUCAAGCACAUAUGGCAUCUGGCUACUGAACCAGGCUUCCUUGCUUACUCUGCUGUGGUUUUGGUUGUGGUGUUUGCACUGAUCUUCUACUACGAACCCCGUUAUGGGAAGACGCAUAUGAUAGUAUAUGUUGGGAUUUGCUCCUUAAUGGGAUCUCUCACUGUUAUGAGUGUCAAAGCUGUGGCAAUUGCUAUAAAGCUGACUUUUUCCGGGAUGAACCAGUUUAAGUACUUCCACGCAUGGAUCUUCAUCAUAGUAGUGACCAUAUGUUGCAUUUUGCAAAUCAACUACCUGAACAAGGACUGGGCUUCUCAGAGUGGUUUGCAAAUUGCGACGGAGCUAUGUGGCUUUGUGACCAUUUUAUCAGGAACCUUUCUUCUCCACAAGACAAAAGACAUGGGAAACAGUGGUAGCUCACGUGGCGCCACGUCACACACGCCUAGAGACACUCCUUUCUUCAUCAACUCAGUGAUUGUUGGGGAGAUAGCCAAUUUUGCAGCUUAUGCAUUUGCACCUGCUAUUCUAGUGACACCUUUGGGAGCUCUAAGUAUUAUUUUCAGCGCAGUGCUUGCACAUUUUAUCUUGGAAGAGAAGUUGCAUAUGUUCGGUAUACUUGGCUGCGUCCUCUGUGUUGUUGGAUCUACAACGAUUGUUUUGCAUGCUCCUCACGAGCAAGACAUUGAAUUAGUCAAGCACAUAUGGCAUCUGGCUACUGAACCAGGCUUCCUUGCUUACUCUGCUGUGGUUUUGGUUGUGGUGCUUGCACUGAUCUUCUACUACGAACCCCGUUAUGGGAAGACGCAUAUGAUAGUAUAUGUUGGGAUUUGCUCCUUAAUGGGAUCUCUCACUGUUAUGAGUGUCAAAGCUGUGGCAAUUGCUAUAAAGCUGACUUUUUCCGGGAUGAACCAGUUUAAGUACUUCCACGCAUGGAUCUUCAUCAUAGUAGUGACCAUAUGUUGCAUUUUGCAAAUCAACUACCUGAACAAGGACUGGGCUUCUCAGAGUGGUUUGCAAAUUGCGACGGAGCUAUGUGGCUUUGUGACCAUUUUAUCAGGAACCUUUCUUCUCCACAAGACAAAAGACAUGGGAAACAGUGGUAGCUCACGUGGCGCCACGUCACACACGCCUAGAGACACUCCUGUCUUCAUCAACUCAGUGAUUGUUGGGGAGAUAGCCAAUUUUGCAGCUUAUGCAUUUGCACCUGCUAUUCUAGUGACACCUUUGGGAGCUCUAAGUAUUAUUUUCAGCGCAGUGCUUGCACAUUUUAUCUUGGAAGAGAAGUUGCAUAUGUUCGGUAUACUUGGCUGCGUCCUCUGUGUUGUUGGAUCUACAACGAUUGUUUUGCAUGCUCCUCACGAGCAAGACAUUGAAUCAGUCAAGCACAUAUGGCAUCUGGCUACUGAACCAGGCUUCCUUGCUUACUCUGCUGUGGUUUUGGUUGUGGUGCUUGCACUGAUCUUCUACUACGAACCCCGUUAUGGGAAGACGCAUAUGAUAGUAUAUGUUGGGAUUUGCUCCUUAAUGGGAUCUCUCACUGUUAUGAGUGUCAAAGCUGUGGCAAUUGCUAUAAAGCUGACUUUUGCCGGGAUGAACCAGUUUAAGUACUUCCACGCAUGGAUCUUCAUCAUAGUAGUGACCAUAUGUUGCAUUUUGCAAAUCAACUACCUGAACAAGGACUGGGCUUCUCAGAGUGGUUUGCAAAUUGCGACGGAGCUAUGUGGCUUUGUGACCAUUUUAUCAGGAACCUUUCUUCUCCACAAGACAAAAGACAUGGGAAACAGUGGUAGCUCACGUGGCGCCACGUCACACACGCCUAGAGACACUCUUGUCUUCAUCAACUCAGUGAUUGUUGGGGAGAUAGCCAAUUUUGCAGCUUAUGCAUUUGCACCUGCUAUUCUAGUGACACAUUUGGGAGCUCUAAGUAUUAUUUUCAGCGCAGUGCUUGCACAUUUUAUCUUGGAAGAGAAGUUGCAUAUGUUCGGUAUACUUGGCUGCGUCCUCUGUGUUGUUGGAUCUACAACGAUUGUUUUGCAUGCUCCUCACGAGCAAGACAUUGAAUCAGUCAAGCACAUAUGGCAUCUGGCUACUGAACCAGGCUUCCUUGCUUACUCUGCUGUGGUUUUGGUUGUGGUGCUUGCACUGAUCUUCUACUACGAACCCCGUUAUGGGAAGACGCAUAUGAUAGUAUAUGUUGGGAUUUGCUCCUUAAUGGGAUCUCUCACUGUUAUGAGUGUCAAAGCUGUGGCAAUUGCUAUAAAGCUGACUUUUUCCGGGAUGAACCAGUUUAAGACUGGGUGUGGUUUGCAAAUUGCGACGGAGCUAUGUGGCUUUGUGACCAUUUUAUCAGGAACCUUUCUUCUCCACAAGACAAAAGACAUGGGAAACAGUGGUAGCUCACGUGGCGCCACGUCACACACGCCUAGAGACACUCCUGUCUUCAUCAACUCAGUGACACCUUUGGGAGCUCUAAGUAUUAUUUUCAGCGCAGUGCUUGCACAUUUUAUCUUGGAAGAGAAGUUGCAUAUGUUCGGUAUACUUGGCUGCGUCCUCUGUGUUGUUGGAUCUACAACGAUUGUUUUGCAUGCUCCUCACGAGCAAGACAUUGAAUCAGUCAAGCACAUAUGGCAUCUGGCUACUGAACCAGGCUUCCUUGCUUACUCUGCUGUGGUUUUGGUUGUGGUGCUUGCACUGAUCUUCUACUACGAACCCCGUUAUGGGAAGACGCAUAUGAUAGUUAUGAGUGUCAAAGCUGUGGCAAUUGCUAUAAAGCUGACUUUUUCCGGGAUGAACCAGUUUAAGUACUUCCACGCAUGGAUCUUCAUCAUAGUAGUGACCAUAUGUUGCAUUUUGCAAAUCAACUACCUGAACAAGGACUGGGCUUCUCAGAGUGGUUUGCAAAUUGCGACAGAGCUAUGUGGCUUUGUGACCAUUUUAUCAGGAACCUUUCUUCUCCACAAGACAAAAGACAUGGGAAACAGUGGUAGCUCACGUGGCGCCACGUCACACACGCCUAGAGACACUCCUGUCUUCAUCAACUCAGUGAUUGUUGGGGAGAUAGCCAAUUUUGCAGCUUAUGCAUUUGCACCUGCUAUUCUAGUGACACCUUUGGGAGCUCUAAGUAUUAUUUUCAGCGCAGUGCUUGCACAUUUUAUCUUGGAAGAGAAGUUGCAUAUGUUCGGUAUACUUGGCUGCGUCCUCUGUGUUGUUGGAUCUACAACGAUUGUUUUGCAUGCUCCUCACGAGCAAGACAUUGAAUCAGUCAAGCACAUAUGGCAUCUGGCUGCUGAACCAGGCUUCCUUGCUUACUCUGCUGUGGUUUUGGUUGUGGUGCUUGCACUGAUCUUCUACUACGAACCCCGUUAUGGGAAGACGCAUAUGAUAGUAUAUGUUGGGAUUUGCUCCUUAAUGGGAUCUCGCACUGUUAUGAGUGUCAAAGCUGUGGCAAUUGCUAUAAAGCUGACUUUUUCCGGGAUGAACCAGUUUAAGACUGGGUGUGGUUUGCAAAUUGCGACGGAGCUAUGUGGCUUUGUGACCAUUUUAUCAGGAACCUUUCUUCUCCACAAGACAAAAGACAUGGGAAACAGUGGUAGCUCACGUGGCGCCACAUCACACACGCCUAGAGACACUCCUGUCUUCAUCAACUCAGUGAUUGUUGGGGAGAUAGCCAAUUUUGCAGCUUAUGCAUUUGCACCUGCUAUUCUAGUGACACUUUUGGGAGCUCUAAGUAUUAUUUUCAGCGCAGUGCUUGCACAUUUUAUCUUGGAAGAGAAGUUGCAUAUGUUCGGUAUACUUGGUUGCGUCUUCUGUGUUGUUGGAUCUACAACGAUUGUUUUGCAUGCUCCUCACGAGCAAGACAUUGAAUCAGUCAAGCACAUAUGGCAUCUGGCUACUGAACCAGGCUUCCUUGCUUACUCUGCUGUGGUUUUGGUUGUGGUUCUUGCACUGAUCUUCUACUACGAACCCCGUUAUGGGAAGACGCAUAUGAUAGUAUAUGUUGGGAUUUGCUCCUUAAUGGGAUCUCUCACUGUUAUGAGUGUCAAAGCUGUGGCAAUUGCUAUAAAGCUGACUUUUUCCGGGAUGAACCAGUUUAAGACUGGGUGUGGUUUGCAAAUUGCGACGGAGCUAUGUGGCUUUGUGACCAUUUUAUCAGGAACCUUUCUUCUCCACAAGACAAAAGACAUGGGAAACAGUGGUAGCUCACGUGGCGCCACGUCACACAUGCCUAGAGACACUCCUGUCUUCAUCAACUCAGUGACACCUUUGGGAGCUCUAAGUAUUAUUUUCAGCGCAGUGCUUGCACAUUUUAUCUUGGAAGAGAAGUUGCAUAUGUUCGGUAUACUUGGCUGCGUCCUCUGUGUUGUUGGAUCUACAACGAUUGUUUUGCAUGCUCCUCACGAGCAAGACAUUGAAUCAGUCAAGCACAUAUGGCAUCUGGCUACUGAACCAGGCUUCCUUGCUUACUCUGCUGUGGUUUUGGUUGUGGUGCUUGCACUGAUCUUCUACUACGAACCCCGUUAUGGGAAGACGCAUAUGAUAGUAUAUGUUGGGAUUUGCUCCUUAAUGGGAUCUCUCACUGUUAUGAGUGUCAAAGCUGUGGCAAUUGCUAUAAAGCUGACUUUUUCCGGGAUGAACCAGUUUAAGUACUUCCACGCAUGGAUCUUCAUCAUAGUAGUGACCAUAUGUUGCAUUUUGCAAAUCAACUACCUGAACAAGGACUGGGCUUCUCAGAGUGGUUUGCAAAUUGCGACGGAGCUAUGUGGCUUUGUGACCAUUUUAUCAGGAACCUUUCUUCUCCACAAGACAAAAGACAUGGGAAACAGUGGUAGCUCACGUGGCGCCACGUCACACACGCCUAGAGACACUCCUGUCUUCAUCAACUCAGUGAUUGUUGGGGAGAUAGCCAAUUUUGCAGCUUAUGCAUUUGCACCUGCUAUUCUAGUGACACCUUUGGGAGCUCUAAGUAUUAUUUUCAGCGCAGUGCUUGCACAUUUUAUCUUGGAAGAGAAGUUGCAUAUGUUCGGUAUACUUGGCUGCGUCCUCUGUGUUGUUGGAUCUACAACGAUUGUUUUGCAUGCUCCUCACGAGCAAGACAUUGAAUCAGUCAAGCACAUAUGGCAUCUGGCUACUGAACCAGGCUUCCUUGCUUACUCUGCUGUGGUUUUGGUUGUGGUGCUUGCACUGAUCUUCUACUACGAACCCCGUUAUGGGAAGACGCAUAUGAUAGUAUAUGUUGGGAUUUGCUCCUUAAUGGGAUCUCUCACUGUUAUGAGUGUCAAAGCUGUGGCAAUUGCUAUAAAGCUGACUUUUUCCGGGAUGAACCAGUUUAAGACUGGGUGUGGUUUGCAAAUUGCGACGGAGCUAUGUGGCUUUGUGACCAUUUUAUCAGGAACCUUUCUUCUCCACAAGACAAAAGACAUGGGAAACAGUGGUAGCUCACGUGGCGCCACGUCACACACGCCUAGAGACACUCCUGUCUUCAUCAACUCAGUGAUUGUUGGGGAGAUAGCCAAUUUUGCAGCUUAUGCAUUUGCACCUGCUAUUCUAGUGACACUUUUGGGAGCUCUAAGUAUUAUUUUCAGCGCAGUGCUUGCACAUUUUAUCUUGGAAGAGAAGUUGCAUAUGUUCGGUAUACUUGGCUGCGUCUUCUGUGUUGUUGGAUCUACAACGAUUGUUUUGCAUGCUCCUCACGAGCAAGACAUUGAAUCAGUCAAGCACAUAUGGCAUCUGGCUACUGAACCAGGCUUCCUUGCUUACUCUGCUGUGGUUUUGGUUGUGGUGCUUGCACUGAUCUUCUACUACGAACCCCGUUAUGGGAAGACGCAUAUGAUAGUAUAUGUUGGGAUUUGCUCCUUAAUGGGAUCUCUCACUGACUGGGCUUCUCAGAGUGGUUUGCAAAUUGCGACGGAGCUAUGUGGCUUUGUGACCAUUUUAUCAGGAACCUUUCUUCUCCACAAGACAAAAGACAUGGGAAACAGUGGUAGCUCACGUGGCGCCACGUCACACACGCCUAGAGACACUCCUGUCUUCAUCAACUCAAGUUCCACUCGCAGUUCCAAUUCUAAUCUCUAG